AUGCGAUCGGGUGUUCGACGAAAAGAAUCCACAUGUUCCGAAAGCUGCGAGAUUGAAUAUGUAGACAUAUACUCGGAACUUGAACGGGUUGAAUCCGAUCUGCUAUCCGCAUCAUUAGGUGGCAGAUAUUGUGGUACUGUAUCACCUCAUGUUAGAAUAAGCCUUCAUCGUGUGCUAGUGCUUGUGUUUCAUUCCCGUGCUAGAGAAGUCGAUCGACAAUUUGGUUUUCGUGGUCGAUACUCAUUCAUUCCAGACACCAAAUACCAAGCUGGCGUACCGCUCGAUGGCGAAGAUGGUUGUAGUUUCCUGAUUGAAGCCUCUAAGCGCAAAAAAGGCGCGAUUUUCUCUCCUACAUAUCCUGGCACCUAUCCAAAAAACUUUCACUGCUCAUAUUUGCUCAAAGGAAAAGCCGGUCAGCGUAUUCGUCUGUUCUUUCGUGAUUUCGAUAUUUACUUUGGUGGCGAGCAUUGCCCAUAUGAUUCUGUUACAAUAUUCGAUGGUCCCAGUACAAGCUCACCAAUUAUCAAAAAGGUGAGCUAGAU